GAAUAUUAUUAUUCCACAUCUUGGAUUAUUAAACCCCCCAAAAAUCAAACCUUUGAAGAUCAAAUCGAUGAAACCUAUACACACACUGAAAACACGCUAAAACACACACACACACACACACUCUUACACAAAAAGAUCGAUGAUGAGGGUUUUCUUGAUAUUUGGAUGGUUUUUAUGUUUCUUGGUGAAUAAAGGAGAGGGUAUGAUUUCCAAGAGUUUAUUGAAAGAGAUCGAUAGCGUAAACGAGGGUGGUCCGUAUAUUGGCAUUGUCGUGCCCAAUGCCUUCGAAAUGAAUCCGCUCUUGCAAUCAUCGAGCUUCGUGGCAAAUCAAAAACGUCCAUAUCUUGAUGUUUCAGGACGAAGGUUUCGGUUAGGAACUCUAGAAGAUCAAAAGAUCAUAAUCGUCAUGACUGGAUUAGGCAUGUUGAAUGCAGGUAUUACCACACAAUUGUUGUUAAGUCUAUUCAACGUGAAAGGGGUUCUACACUUUGGUAUUGCCGGAAAUGCAAAUACUGAACUUGAAGUCGGAGAUGUGGCGAUCCCUAAGUUUUGGGCGCAUAUGGGCCUAUGGUCAUGGCAGAGAUAUGGAGAAGGGCCCGAAAGCGAGUUACCUCUAGAAUCCAACGGGGACUACACAAGAACCAUCGGCUACCUAAAAUUCUCCGAUUACAAUAACGACACAACCACAAAAGAAAAACGGCACAAAGACAACCUUUUAAACCGUGUCUGGUAUCAACCAGAAGAAGUAUUCCCGAUCGACACAUACCCUGAAAGCAGACAACACGCCUUCUGGGUCCCGGUCGACAAACACUACUUCUCACUUUCCAAGCAACUCGAGGGUAUGAAGUUGGAGAAAUGUAUAAAUGCUACCACUUGCUUACCAAGAGCACCUAAAGUGGCAAGAGUUGAGAGGGGUGUAAGUGCAAAUGUGUUCAUAGAUAAUGGGGCUUAUAGAAAAUUUCUAAGUACCAAAUUCAAUGUGACCCCAAUUGAUAUGGAAAGUGCUGCAGUUGCCCUAAUUUGCCAUCAACAAAAGAUCCCAUUUAUAGCAAUUAGGGCUCUUUCUGAUUUGGCUGGUGGGGGGUCUGCAAUUUCUAAUGAAGCUUCCAGUUUUGCCCCUUUGGCAGCUCAAAAUGCAGUUGCUGCAUUGAUUAAAUUGGUGCCAUUAUUGGCCUCAUAGUGGGGUUUUUUGUAAUUUUCAAGUACCCAUUUGGUUUUAGAAGUACUAGCUAGAAGGGUACUCGUGCAAUGCAUCGAGACACAUUUC